UGUAAAACGGUUAAAAUGAAGGCCUUGGCCAUAUUAUUAUUCUUUUUGGGCCUUCAUAUUGUUCAAUCUGAGGCUGUCUGCGGCUAUGAGUCAUGUCCUGAAACAAAGUCCAAUAUGAUCAACAUUCACUUGGUGCCUCACUCUCAUGACGAUUUGGGCUGGUUAAAAACUGCCGAUCAGUAUUACUAUGGUAAUAAGCAUAGCAUUCAGCAUGCCGGCGUCCAGUACAUAUUCGAUACUGUUGUGGCGGAACUAAGCAAGGAUCCGCGUCGUCGGUUCAUUCAGGUAGAGACGGCCUUCUUUGCCAAGUGGUGGGAGGAUCAGUCGGAGAUUAAGAAGCAACUGGUGAAAAAACUGGUGAACGAGGGACGUCUGGAGUUCACUGGUGGCGCUUGGAGUAUGAACGAUGAAGCCGCCGUAAACUACCAGAGUGUGAUCGAUCAGUUCGCCGUUGGAUUGAAAUUUCUAAAUGACAACUUUGGGGUUUGUGGACGUCCUCGAGUCGGUUGGCAGAUCGAUGCCUUCGGACACUCCAGGGAACAGGCCUCGAUGUUUGCUCAAAUGGGUUUCGAUGGCCAGUUCUUUGCGCGUAUGGAUCAGAAUGACAAGAACAAGCGAGUGGAUAACUUGGGCCUCGAAAUGAUUUGGGAUGCUAGUGAGACGCUGAAAGAACUGGAUUUCUUUACUGGCAUGCUCUACAAUCACUACUCGGCUCCUCCCGGCUUUUGUUUUGACUCGCUGUGUCAGGAUGAUCCCAUUAUUGAUGGAAAGAGCUACGACAACAAUGUCAAGUCCAGGGUGGACGAUUUCAUCAACUAUGCCUCGAAUUUGGCUGGGUACUAUCGCUCGAAUCACAUAAUGGUACCAAUGGGCGAUGACUUCCAGUACGAAAAUGCUUACAUGAACUACAAGAACAUGGACAAACUGAUUAAGUAUGUCAACGAGCGCCAGGCAAGUGGCUCCAAGUACAAUGUCUUCUACUCGACUGCAGGAUGUUAUCUGAAUUCCCUGCACAGGAGUCUCCAAAGUUGGCCAAAUAAGACUCAGGACUUCCUGCCCCACUCGCAUGAGGCAAAGAGCUUUUGGACCGGCUUCUUCACUUCCCGUCCAACUCAAAAGCGAUUUGAGCGCGAUGGCAACCACAUGUUACAGGUGGCCAAGCAACUGAGUGUGCUCGCUGAUCUCUCAAGCGAAAAUCAUACCAAAGACUUGGACUACCUUCGUCAGAUCAUGGGUGUAAUGCAACAUCAUGAUGCCAUCACUGGAACCGAAAAGCAGGAAGUAUCAAAUGAUUACGAUCGACUUUUGUAUGAUGCUAUCUUGGGAGGUGCCAACACCGCCCGCGAUGCCCUUCGAUUACUCACCGAUCAGCCGAAUGGGGAGUUUAAAAGCUGUUUGAGAUUAAAUAUAAGCGAGUGUUCCUUUACCAAAGAAAGUGCUGAUAAUGUGAUGGUGACUUUGUACAACCCAUUGGCCCGCACUUCCACGCAGUACGUACGAGUGCCUGUGAAGGAGGAAAAUUACCAGGUCACCGAUGAGAAGGGUCGCGUGGUGGCUUCUGCACUGGUCCCAGUUCCCUGGCAGGUCUUGUCCCUGGACUUCCGUAAUAACAACACUCAGCAUGAGCUGGUCUUCAAGGCAUCCGUAAACAAAAUUGCCAACUACUAUAUAAAGGAGGUCGACAAACAAGAUAAAAUUCUCCUCACUCAAGGCAAAAAGUCAUCCCAAGAGGAAGAGUUCAAAAUGGAGGUGCCCAAGAGAUUCCAGAAGGUGCACUCCUUAAAAUCUGGUACGGAGACCCACGAUGAAGAAGAGACUAUUGUCGAGAAUUCGCUUAUAAAACUGGUGAUUGACAACAAAACAGGCCGUUUGAAGACCGUUGAAAUGAACGGAGUUUCCGAAAACAUUGAGCAGACCUUUGGAAUGUACAAGACAGCCCGAUCUUGCCACUACAUUUUCCGCCAGGAUGCAGAUUUGGAAGUUCUGGAAGAUGCUUUCGAUUUCACCGUAUACGAAAGUGACUUGGUCAAGGAAGUCCACCAACAGGUGAACGAAUGGAUCUCCCAAGUGAUCCGAAUCUAUGAGGGAGUCAACCGUGUGGAGUUCGAAUGGCUGGUGGGUCCUGUUCCAAUUGACGACGAGCUUGGCAAGGAGAUUGUCACCAUCUUCAAGAGUGGAAUCUCCUCCGAUGGAGUCUUUUACACCGACUCAAAUGGUCGUGAAAUGAUCAGGAGAGAAAAGGACAAGCGGGAGGACUUUAGUCCCGAUCUGAGUGAACAGCCUGUGAGUGGCAACUAUUAUCCAGUCACCUCCAGGAUGGCUCUGCAGGAUAGUAGCAAACGAAUGGUGCUGCUCAAUGAUCGCUCCCAGGGAGGAGCUAGCCUGGAAAAUGGACGUUUGGAGAUGAUGCUGCAUCGUCGUCACAUUUUCGCCGAUGGAUCUGGGGCUGCAGAAGCUAUUAAUGAGCAACAGUUCGGAAAAGGUCUGAUUGCCCGCGGAAAACUGUUCCUUUCCCUAAACGCUGUCGAAGAUGGAGUUACUGCAUUAGAACGUAUGGCGGAAAAGGAGAUUCACCUGCCCUUCUGGAAGUUCUUUAGCAAAUCAAGUAACAUCCUAAAGGAAGUACCUAAGUCGUUGCCCGAUUUCAACGACUUGCCUCAGUCGGUUCACCUUCUCACCAUGGAGCCCUACUCCAAGGACGAAAUUCUUCUGCGAUUUGAGAACUUUUUGGAUCAAUACGAGGGCAAUGUGGUCAGCUUUAACAUUCGCCAAAUAUUCGAUGAUCUUGGUGGACUGGAAAUUCGGGAAACCACCUUAGAUGGCAACCUACCUCUUAGCGAUAUGAAGCGCCUGAAGUUCCAUCAUGAUGGUUCUGGUCCUAGUCCAUCAACUCCAGAGUAUUUCACGAGCCUGCAUAAGCCGUUGGCAGUUGACAAAUCCCAGGAAGCCUCAGACUUCAGUGUCACCUUAAAACCCAUGCAAAUUCGCACUUUCAUUAUCAAAAAAGAGGUAGCUUAA